UUCCAAUUCAAUUUUCAGCGUAUACCACAUCUCACCACAGCAUGUCCACAGAGCACCUCCUGGGGGACAUCGGGGCUGUCCUGACCGCCCUCAACGGCAUCGCAAACGAGCCACGGAGAGAAGCCGAACUCCACCUACAAAAGCUCACAGUAGAGCAGCCUGCAGAGGUCCUUUUACUGCUCGCCCAGAUAGGAGCUCUGGCAGUCGGCGGCUUUCAAUUAGACGAGCGGUUUCUGAGCCUCAUUCUCCUCAAGAGCUUGGCUUUCAAGCCUCUGCCAGGUCUAUACUUGAACUCUCAACAUCAGCUCCCCUCCGCACCUUUUGACGUGAUUAGAGAAACGACGCGCGGACGGAUCGAAACGGUCCUCUGCGCUGGUUUGAAAGACGAGUUGGAUCCGAGAAUCAGGAAAGGUCUGGGAAUGUGUUCUGCUAGUUGGGCAGAGGAGAGUCACAAGCGGAAGAGACCAGCUAGGCCGUUCGUCCCGGUCUGUCUUGAGUUGACACAGUCGCCAAACGCCUUUCACCGCUUCACCUCUUUUCAGUUACUUGGUUAUACCCCGACACUUGUCGAUGAUGCUGCUGAUGGACCGCUAUCUUCGAGCCAGCUCACGGCUCUCCUACUCACAGGACUGGAGGACUCGAGUGUUGACGUCAGAUUGGAAGCUAUAAAGGCUAUGAAGAGUCUGUUGAUCAAAGCUUUGACGCACGAAGCAAGAGAUGAGGUGGGCGAGGUCCUGAUACAAGCCUCGUUCCAGACGCUGCAAAACCUUCCCCAAGACCUUGUCCCUAUUGGCCUCAUCCCCCUCGUUGAACUAGCAUCCGUUCACCCCAAGCUCUUCAUCUCCUCUCUACCCUUGAUCAUCACCAAACUUCUUCCACUCCUCUCUCCCCCAUCUCAGGGUCGUAAUCUCCCCCCGUACGCCUUCUCCCCGUAUCCGGCACACGAUAUGACUCUUGAGGCAUGGGAGGCGUUUGCAAACCCUGCUACAGAGCUCUUGCUUUCUUUAGCAGAGCUGAGACCGAAUGAAUUCGAAGAAUUUGAGAACGGGAGAGCGUUAAGUGAGAUGGUGGGACUGUUGUUGGGGAGAGAAGUGGCAACCUUUGAGAUGGACUGUCAAGAGUGGAUGGAAGAGGAAGACCUUGAUAACGAGGACGACAACUAUCCAGUGUUUCCCGAGGAAGCCCUUGAUAGGCUAAGUGUUGCUGCUAGCUAUACUGACGAGAGCAUGGAGAUCAUAUACUCUUCGCUUCUCAAGCAUGUCCAGGCUCUCUUGCAACAGGAAGAUUGGAGAUGUCGUUUCGCUGCUCUUAUGGGCGUUGGUUGUGUAGCAGAGGCCUUUGGCGAUGCCAUCGUCGACCGCGACAUUCUCUCAGCCAUUUCUCCUACGGCCAAAGAUCCUCACCCUCGGGUCCGCUACGCCUUUCUUCAAUGCAUCGGCCAAAUCCUCACCGACGGACUCGACGCCCUUCAGACAGACUAUGGCCGCGACACCCUCCACAUCAUCCUCCACCUCCUCGACGACCCCGUCAUGCGCGUCCGCGUUCACGCUGCUGCUAGUUUGACAACCUUUUUCGAGGGAGAGGAACAUCCCGAGAUAGUUGGAGAGGUGUUGGAUGGGAUCGUGAGGGGAUGUGUGGGAUUGUAUGAGGCAGGGCCGAUGUAUGCAAAGGACCAGGCAUUGGCAACGCUGGGGACGGUGGCCAUGGCGGCAAAGGACAUGUUCAGACCCUACUAUCGUAAUCUCAUGGAUCUCUGCUUUCAGAUCAUGUCGGCCCAGCUUGGGUCCAGCAAGGAGGAACGUGUGGUUCAAGGCGGAGCUAUUGAGUGUGGCUACAUGCUCGCCAUUGCUCUAGGUGGAACUUGGUCUCAAGAGAAUCCCGGAGACGCGCUCAAAUUCGUCCAAUUGCUGUUGUCUAUUCAAAACACAAUCGUCGACGAGGAUGACCCACGCUCGCGUCAUCUCAUGGAUGCAUGGGAACAUAUGUGUGACUCUUUGGGCCAGCAGUUUGCACCCUUCUUGCAAUACGUCAUCCCGCCCCUCCUAAAAACGGCCUCUUAUCGACCUCAAAAAGCUUCUCCCAUGAAAACAUCACUAGCCCCAUUAGAUGCCGACGAUGAAGACGACCCAUACUGGGGCGACGAGCUAUCUGACAAGGCCGAAGCGUUCAAGCACCUGGGCUUCUACGCAAGCAAAAUGAGGGAGAGUUUUGCGCCGUGGCUGGCGCAGAGUAUGGGGCUGUGCUUGGAAGAGUUGAACCACCCGUAUGCGGAGAGCGUGAAGAACGUUGCGGCCUAGUGAGUUUGCCACGUGAUGCAAGAACAAGGCUGAUGAGACCAGUCUGGUGCCAGCCCUGUUGGCGGUUGCGAAAGAGUCGGGUGCUUGGAACACGAACCCGGAAAAUUAUGUGCAGGCUUUCAGACAGCUUAUCAAAGCUAUGGUGAACGCUUUGGAUAUCUCUGUCAUCUCCAUUCUAUUCAAAUCCUUCAAAGACGCCCUCCGCGUGGUUCACACCCCUUUUCCUCCGGAUCUCACCCGUCGCCUACUGAAAGCCUCCACCGCUAUCGUGUACAAUCUCGCCCAAGCUAGGGCAGACAGAAAGGAACAAGAGCCGUACAUGGACGAGACGGACCACGAGUACUGGAUUGAAGAGCAGCUGGAAGAGGAUCAGUGUCUAAAGAGGAUAGAAGAGGCGGUGGAUGGGAUCGUGAUUGUGGGAGGAUCAGAGGAGGGGCAGGCGAUGGGGGCGUUGAGCGGUGGGAUUGAGAACGACAUUCUGGGGCUCAAGGCGCUGAUCAGGAAGGUGGGAGCGCAAAAGCUGGAGACGAAGGGGUAUGACGAUGAUGACGACGACAAUGAGACUCUGCGGGGUGAUCAAGAUAGCUGAUAGUACCUAACACACAACCAUAUGUCUUUCGGACAGGUGAUGCAUGACUUCUCAGGG